AUGAUUGGUGGGGGAUUCCCGACUCCAGAGGCAAAGGCACGCGAGCGGGUGAUUUCUACCUACGUUGUCGUGGACAAGGCACGCCAGCGUAUCUUCACACCCAUUUUCAAGCGCAUCCUGGUCACGUAUUGCCAUGGCUCAAAAUCAGAUUUGCAACCUGGCCAGGAGAUUGAGGUGUGGGCCAAUGACAGUGACGGUGACAUGCAGCAGUUGGUGAAGGCCCGAGUCUUGGGUCUCUAUCCAAGGUCGCAGAUCCUGCUCUGCAGCACAGCCAAGCCCAUCAAUGCACCAAAUCUGGAUAUCAGUGUCAGGGCCGGAGAGCCGUACAUCAUGCUGGGAUGCUCCAACAGGAGCCAGAAGGAUCCGUUCUCCAUAAGCCAUGGCUGCAUUUCUACGACAACUCCGGAUGCCAAUGGGUUUAUCCGUGGGGAUACAGCACCCGUGCCAGGAGACUCAGGGGGAGGCUGCUUCUCUGCGGAAACAGGGAAGCUGGUUGCCAUAAAUGUGGCUGCCGAUACCCGAAAUGGCAACCGUGCUGUACUUGUGCCAGUUUCUGCAAUGAUAUCUAUACUGGUGGACCACCAUCAGAAGGACGUGCAGGACCUCAUGCCUGACUUCAUGGAGGGGGAUGGCGAAGACCAGUUCACUUAG